GCUUCGUGUCUCAUAGAGCUGUUUAACACAGCUCAGGCAGCAAUUGGUACAGGGACAGCAAACCAGGCUGCAUCUGCUCAGCCCCAGUCACAAGCUCCCUGCUUCCUCCGUCAAGUGCAGGGCUCUGGCUCCCCGGGUACCAGCCUUCCCUGCUCCAUCCCCCGGCAGGGAGCUGCACGCUGGGCACGGGAUGCGGUGAGCAUCUGCAGGUGGAGACAGGGUGGUCGUGGCCAGAGGCAGCGGUGAUGGACAUCGUGUGGACUGCUCUCUAGGGCUCGUGCUCUCCAGACAGACCCUGACCCUGAGCCAUGGGGGUGCUGAUGUCCAGGCGGCAGACGGUGGAGAAGGUGCAGAAGGUCAGCUUGGCCGUGUCAGCCUUUAAGGACGGGCUGCGGGAGCAGCCCUCGACGCGGCGGCGCGCAGGGGCAGGGGACGCCCGUCGGGGGACGCUGGAGCAGUCGGUGCAGGAGGGAGAGGACGAGGCGUCGGCGGGGCCCUCCCAGCCCGAGGAGACCAGCGCGGGGAAGGCGGCCUGGGAACGGCUGCGGGAUGGCCGCGGCGUGGAGCCGGAGGAGUUCGACCGGGCCAACAGGUUCACGCCUCCCGCCUUCAUCCGGCCCAAGCGGGAGCUGGGCGAUGAUGAACCCCCCGACAUCAGCCUGCAGAGAGAGCAGGUCCAUAACGACGAGAUGUGUGAGAUCUGUGAGGUGUGGACGGCCGAGAGCCUCUUUCCGUGCCGCGUCUGCAGCCGGGUGUACCACGACGGCUGCCUGCGCCGCAUGGGCUACCUGCAGAACAACAGUGCCGUGGAGGUGACCGAGACGGCGCACACCGAGACGGGCUGGAGCUGCUACUACUGCGACAACCUCAACCUGCUGCUGACGGAUGAAGAAAUGUACAGCCUGAUGGAGACCAUGAAGCAGUGCAAGAUCAUUCCAGAGACCUCCCUGUCCCUGGAUGACUUCCUGCACUACAAGCACCUGGUGCACAAGCAGCAGUUUGAGCAGCCCAUGGCCGAGGCGCAGGAGGAGCAAGCAACCCUCCAGUUCUCUGCCCUGGACCCUGACAAGAAGGGGCACAUUGAGUGGCACGACUUCCUCUCCCAUGAGUCCAUCCAGCUGCUGCAGAAACUACGGCCACAGAAUGCACUGCUGCGGCUGCUGACCGCCAAGGAACGGGAGCGCGUGCGGGCAGCCUUCCUGGCCCUGGACCAGGACAACGACGGCUUCAUCGGGGACGCCGAGUGCCGCCGUGCCCGGCACUCCUGGUUCCGCAAGCACCACAAGGAGACACCAUCCUGCAACGUCAGCAUCAGCCACGUGGGGCCCAUAUCGGAGAGCAGCCCCGCCAGCAGCAGCAGCAGCAGGAGCCUGGAGAAGACCCCGCGUGCGCUGGAGCAGGAGGAGCCCAGGCCCGUGGACUGGCCCGGCUUCCUGCGGGACAACGUCGCCUUCGUGCUGGCCGCCCGCCCCAACAGCGCCGCCCUGCACCUCCUGCCCCCCGCGUAAAGCCCUCGGCGCCACCUUGGCCUCUCCCGCUACCACCACCCCGCCCUGCCCUCCCCUGAGGGCGGAGCUGGGCGGUGAUUGGCUGGUGAGGAUGCGGCCGAGCUGCCUUCUCCACCUGCCUCCGCUUUCGAUUGGCUGUGAAGAGGACGGGUGCCGGGCUCUGAUUGGCUGAGGGAGAGGGGCGCGGUUUUGGGGAUCUCUGAUUGGUGGGGAGGGGUAGGGUGUGGUCCCAUGGUCUCCCCGCAGCCCACCGCGGGGAUGCCAUGGGCACAGGGAGCUGUUGUCCCCAUGAUCCCCAGCCCCACAGCACCCGGUCACCCACCAGCCCUGCAGCUAACAGGUCCCCAUGAAGAAGUGGAGUUUGCUUUGUUCCUGGGGCCAAGUCUGGGUAGGUUUGGGGUGAGAGCAGAGCCUCCACGCGUCCCCAGCGCCGUGGGGCAGUGCGAGUGAACCUCUGCAUGCCACUGGCAUCAGCACCCGUGGGUCUGCAGCAAGCACUGGCUCAGCUCAUGGCCAUGGUGAAUCCUUGGUGCUGACCCUCACUCGGCUUCUCCCUGCGUGGCUCCAGUGUGUGCUGGAGCACAGGAAGUCCAUCCUUGCACCCACAGCUCAUGGCUGAGUCUCGAGUCUGGGGACCAAACAUUUCAUGCCAACAUGAAGGGUAUGGGAAGGGUCACUGGGAACAGAAAGCACCAGGGGGUGGAAGAGCACGGAUGUGCAGGAAUGCUCACCUGCAUCACUCAUCCUCUCCUGUCUCCCUGGUCCUACGGGAUGCUCUCCCCUCUGCUCACCAUUCGAAUCUCCCAUUUGCUCCCACUCCCGUCCAGCAUGGCAGGCGGCAUCCACACUUCACUGGGGCAUCAGUGCUUGGCGUGAGGAGGAGGAGGACGAGACAGAGCCCAGAGCCACUGGGGGUGAGAAGCACUCACCAUGCAGGGCUGAUACCCAGUGUCCCAGGAAAGUGGAUGGAUGCUCUCAGCCCACAGGAGAAGGAGCAGGGACCCUGCAAACCUCACCCCACGCAUGCCCAGGCCCCAUGGCAGCCCCAGAUGCUGUCUCCUGGCCCCUCAGCCCCCUUCCCUGCAGUGCCCUCAGCCUGCCCCCCCACCCAAGGUGCCCCAAGGUAUGCACAGAGCAGGGGUGCACCUUCAGCAGCCUGCUCACUCCCUCCUCACCUCCACCCCGAUGUGAUGGGGGCUCUGUCCCGCUCGCCCCCCCCUUCCCUCGCCAGGGCACAAGUCCCCUUCUCCCAGGGACUCUCUCCGCUACAAGACCGGGAGGCACGCCAGUGCCAUGACAUCUUCCUUUACCGCCCUGGCGUGCCAGGUCAAUGGGGAUAUUUCGGAUGUUAGGUCCAAGAUGGGGAUAAGAGCCAUGGCCAUGGCGAAGAGGCGGCUGUGGCUGCGUGUGUCGCAACCCCAGCUCUGUACUUGAGAAGCAUCCAUUAAACAGCUGUGUCCAACCA